AACGUCUGAACGACUUUUCAUCGUUUAAGAGUAAUGCCAAUCGUGUAUUCAUUGUAUUAAUACAAAAAAUCAGAAGCACCUGUCACUUUCAUUUAUUAAGGAACUUUACACAACUUCUGACAUCGUUUUCUGAUAUUUUCUGUGUAGAUCGCCUUAUCGUGGGAGAAAACUUUAAAACAUAUUUGAACGUUAUUUUUACCCGUUAAGACUUGAAAGUCGCAUUGGCGACAUGAGUUUACUGUUCGGACUUUACUUAAGGAUUUGUCUAUUGUUGUUUCUUUUCGGAGCAUUCUCACAUGCACAAACACGACGAUGUACAACGGUUAAGUCAUCUACACAACAGUCUACAACAGAUGAGUCAAGUACACAACAGUCUACUACAGACAAAGCAACAACUAUAAACGAAUCAACGACGUGGUGUGUGUUUACUGAAGAGGAAACCAAUACAGAAACUUUAACAUCUACAACUACUGUCGAUACUACACAGCAAACUACACCAGAAGAAUUAACUACAAAGCAAUCUACUGAUGAAACGACAACAGACGAAGAUUUAUACGAUUUAACAACUAUUGUCGAUACUUCACAGCAAACUACACCAGAUGCAUUAACUACAGAGCAAUCAUCAGAUGAGACGACAACAGACGAAAAUUUUGUCGAUACUACACAGGAAACUACAUCAGAUGAAUUAACUAAAAAGCAAUCAUUAGAUGAAACGACAAUAGACGACUAUUUAACAACUAUUGUCGAUACUACAUACCAAACUACACCAGAUAAAUUCUUAACUACACAGCAAUCACCAGAUGAGACGACAACAGAUGAAGAUUUCGACGAUUUAACAACUAUUGUCGAUACUUCACAGGAAACUACAUCAGAUGAAGUCAAUACACAGCAAUCAUUAGAUGAAACGACAACAGACGAAGAUUUAGACGAUUUAACAACUAUUGUCGAUACUACAUACCAAACUACACCAGAUAAAUUCUUAACUACACAGCAAUCACCAGAUGAGACGACAACAGACGAAGAUUUCGACGAUUUAACAACUAUUGUCGAUACUACACAGCAAACUACACUAGAUGAAUCAACUACACAGGAAUUAUCAGAUGAAACGACAACAGACGAAGAUUUAGACGAUUUAACAACUAUUGUCGACACUACGCAGCAAACUACACCAGAUGAAUUAACUACACAUCAAUUAUCAGAUGAAACGACAACAGACGAAAAUUUAGACGAUUUAACAACUAUUGUCGAUACUACACAGGAAACUACACCAGAUGAAUUAACUACUGAGCAAUCUUCAGAUGAAACGACAACAGGCGAAGAGUUAGACGAUUUAACAACUAUUGUCGAUACUACACAGCAAACUACACAAUAUGAAUUAUUAACUACACAGCAAUCACCAGAUGAGACGACAACAGACGAAGAUUUGGACGAUUUAACAACUAUUUUCGAUACUACACUGGAAACUACACCAGAUGAAUUAUUAACUACACAGCAAUCACCAGAUGAGACGACAACUGACGAAGAUUUCGACGAUUUAACAACUAUUGUCGAUACUACACUGGAAACUACACCAGAUGAAUUAUUAACUACACAGCAAUCACCAGAUGAGACGACAACUGACGAAGAUUUAGACGAUUUAACAACUAUUGUCGAUACUACACAGCAAACUACACCAGAUGAAUUAUUAACUACACAGCAAUCACCAGAUGAAACGACAACAGACGAAGAUUUCGACGAUUUAACCACUAUUGUCGAUACUACACAGCAAACUACACCAGAUGAAUUAUUAACUACACAGCAAUCACCAGAUGAGACGACAACAGACGAAGAUUUCGACGAUUUAACCACUAUUGUCGAUAUUACACAACAAACUACACCAGAUGAAUCAACUACACAGGAAUCAUCAGAUGAAACGACAACAGACGAAGAUUUCGACGAUUCAACAACUAUUGCUGACACUACGCAGCAAACUACACCAGAUGAAUUAACUACACAACAAUCAUCAGAUGAAACGACAACAGACGAAGAUUUGGACGAUUUAACAACUAUUGUCGAUACUACACUGGAAACUAAACCAGAUGAAUUAUUAACUACACAGCAAUCACCAGAUGAGACAACAACAGACGAAGAUUUAGACGAUUUAACCACUAUUGUCGAUACUACACAGCAAACUACACCAGAUGAAUCAACUACACAGGAAUCAUCAGAUGAAACGACAACAGACGAAGAAUUAGACGAUUCAACAACUAUUGUCGACACUACGCAGCAAACUACACCAGAUGAAUUAACUACACAACAAUCAUCAGAUGAAACGACAACAGACGAAGAUUUAGACGAUUUAACAACUAUUGUCGAUACUACACAGCAAACUACACUAGCUGAAUCAACUACGCAGGAAUCAUCAGAUGAAACGACAACAGACGAAGAUGUAGACGAUUUAACAACUAUUGUCGACACUACGCAGCAAACUACACCAAAUGAAUUAACUACACAGCAAUCAUCGGAUGAAACGACAACAGACGAAGAUUUAGACGAUUUAACAACUAUUGUCGAUACUACACAGCAAACUACACCAGAUGAAUUAUUAACCACACAUCAAUCACCAGAUGAAACGACAACAGACGAAGAUUUGGACGAUUUAACCACUAUUGUCGAUACUACACAGCAAACUACACCAGAUGAAUCAACUACACAGGAAUCAUCAGAUGAAACGACAACAGACGACGAUUUAGACGAUUCAACAACUAUUGUCGAUACUACACAGCAAACUACACCAGAUGAAUCAACUACACAGGAAUCAUCAGAUGAAACGACAACAGACGAAGCUUUAGACGAUUCAACAACUAUUGUCGGCACUACGCAGCAAACUACACCAGAUGAAUUAACUACACAACAAUCAUCGGAUGAAACGACAACAGACGAAGAUUUAGACGAUUUAACCACUAUUGUCGAUACUACACAGCAAACUACACCAGAUGAAUUAUUAACUACACAGCAAUCACCAGAUGAGACUACAACAGACGAAGAUUUAGACGAUUUAACAACUAUUGUCGAUACGACACUGGAAACUACACCAGACGAAUUAUUAACUACACUGCAAUCACCAGAUGAGACGACAACUGACGAAGAUUUCGACGAUUUAACAACUAUUGUCGAUACUACACAGCAAACUACACCAGAUGAAUCAACUACACAGAAAUCAUCAGAUGAAACGACAACAGACGAAGACUUAGACGAUUUAACAACUAUUGUCGACACUACGCAGCAAACUACACCAGAUGAAUUAACUACACAGCAAUCAUCGGAUGAAACGACAACAGACGAAAAUUUAGACGAUUUAACAACUAUUGUCGAUACUACACUGGAAACUACAUCAGAUGAAUUAACUACUGAGCAAUCUUCAGAUGAAACGACAACAGACGAAGAGUUAGACGAUUUAACAACUAUUGUCGAUACUACACAGCAAACUACACCAGAUGAAUUAUUAACUACACAUCAAUCACCAGAUGAGACAACAGACGAAGAUUUAGACGAAUUAACAACUAUUGUCGGUACUACACAGCAAACUACACUAGAUGUAUUAACUACACAACAAUCAUUAGAUGAAACGACGACAGACUACGAUUUAGACGAUUUAACAACUAUUGUCGAUACUACACAGCAAACUACACCAGAUGAAUUAUUAACUACACAGCAAUCACCAGAUGAGACAACAACAGACGAAGAUUUCGACGAUUUAACAACUAUUGUCGAUACUACACAGCAAACUACACCAGAUGAAGAAACUACACCAGAUGAAGUAACUACACAGCAACCAUCAGAUGAAACGACAAUAGACAAAGAUUUGGACGAUUUAACAACUAUUGUAGAUACUACAGAGCAAACUACACCAGAUGAAUUAACUAUACAUCUAGUGACAACAGAUUAUUUAACUACAGAUAAAAUUCAAACAACAGCGCCCUUAACAACAUCAGAUCAAGUUCAAACAACAGCGCCCUCAACAACACCAGAUAAAAUUCAAACAACAGCGCCCUUAACGACAUCAGAUCAAGUUCAAACAACAGCGCCCUUAACAACACCAGAGAAAGAUCAAACAACAGCUCCCUCAACAACACCAGUUCAGGUUCAAACAACAGCGCCCUCAACAACACCAAAUCCUUGUCCUGAUGGUCAAGUUAUAUGUGGUGAAUCAGACAUGUGUAUUGAUGAGGGAUUUUUGUGUGAUGGGUUCCCCGAUUGUGACAAUCUCUAUGAUGAGUCAGCUGACACAUGCAAUGUCACGUGCCCGCCCUCAUACUUUAGAUGUCCAUUUGGCCUAUGUACAUAUGAUGAAUACACUUGCGACGAGUAUCCGUACGAUUGUCUUGAUAACUAUGACGAAUCUCCAGAACUAUGUGAAGGAAAGUGUCCAGUACCCGGCGCACCAGAAAAUGGUGAUUUAAUCGAAUCAUUUGCCUACACAUUCUAUCGGAACGGAACGACUGUGGACUUUGUUUGUGAUGACGGAUACACUUUGCAGGGAUCCAAAUCAAGUACCUGCUUUGACGGAACAUUUUUGGACAUUCCAACCUGCCAUGAAAACUGCAUUUUGCCAACUCCACCUGUGCAUGGAUAUGUAUCGGGAUCGACUGUUCAUGGUGAAAACAUCACUUUCAGUUGUGAAGGUGGAUUUAGACCAGAUGUAAAUAGUAUUGUGACUGCGGUAUGUAUGGACGGACAGUACACAACAACUACAAUCAUGUGUAGAGAUAUAAAUGAAUGUAUGGAAGAAAGUGACAGUUGUUCCGUCAAAGCUGCCUGUAUUAACACGCUGGGCUCAUAUAGAUGCGAGUGUAACUUUGGAUAUAAAGGCGAUGGGAUUUCAUGUGAAGAUAUCGACGAGUGCGCAAAUGAUACAGACACAUGUGCAUCGUUGCCUGCAGGAUCAUGCGCAAACACAAUAGGCUCAUACACUUGUUCCUGUAAUGAGGGAUAUAGAGGAGAUGGAGAGAUGUGUAUAGAAAUCGUGUUAUUGCCGUUUGGUGUCGAAAAUGGGGACACAAGCCUUAGGCAGGAAGUGGGUUCUGGUCGUGACGUCAUUUCACCAAACAUCGAGCCACUUACCGGUUUUCCGUUUGGAAGCACAUUCUAUUAUAACAUAUAUUUCACAGAUAACGGAGUGGUAGUAUUGUCAAGUGUCAAUGACGAAAAGUUUUCCUAUCCUCAUCCUGUGAUCGGCGGCUUCCAGUCAAGCACUUCUGAACAGAUAAUUGCACCUUUCUGGGCUGAUGCUGACAUGUCCUUAGAGUUUGGAGGAGAUGUGUUUUAUCAGGUGUAUAAUAAGGAAAAUCCAUCUGCUGGCACAGAAGAAAUGCUGCAAACUGUUACAGACCAAAUCAGGAGUUCGCCAGUGUCAGAAGAAAAUAGUUUUGAUAAAACAGAAUUUCAGGCUGAAUGGAUGUUACUUAUUACUUGGUAUAGACUUCCACAAGUACCUGCCUUUAGUUACCAGAACCAAACAAAUACUUUCCAAGCUGUACUAGUCACGGAUGGUACAUUUGGCUUUACUCUCUUUAACUAUCAGAUUAACGAAAUGAAUUGGGAUGCAGCUGUAUUAGAUCCAAUGGAUAUUAUCAUCGGUUACAAUGCUAGAUUUGGAAGCACUAUUGACAAUGUCAACUCACAGUUAAUUUCGUCAUAUUUUCCAAACGUGUUGUCAAGGUAUCGUCCUGAUCAGAUAGAUGGAAACUCAGGCUUAAAGGCAAGGUGGAUAUAUCGUGUUGAGAGAAAUUAUCCAUGGACAGUAAACACCAGACAAUUGUGCCUCAAUUGGUAUUCAACAGAGCCCGAUCCAAGUGAAUGGGACCAUCGAUUAGGAACUUGUCCUUGCGCCUUCGGUCAAGGGAGAAGCGAUGGGGGUUUUGGAAAUGGAGUCCGUGGGAGGCAAAGGGCAAGAAGAACAACAACUGUCAGCUCCAGUCCAUUAGAUGAGAGCCUUUUGACUGAUAUUAACAACUUAAAUGGGUUGCCUUUCUGUCUUCAAACAUCAACACCAUCUCGAACUGGUGCCGGAAUAAGAUGUUGCUACCGUGGAGAUCAAUCACUCAUUGUGGGCUAUGGAAGUUUUUGGCAAAGCAGUUUUGUUGAAAGGUACCAGCCGACAAGCUUCUUCGCCUUUUUAAAUUGGAUCUUUGAAGAUCUCUUUCCGAGGUAUUAUUGCUGCGCUGCAUCUCGGGAUCCCUACUUCUGCGGUCUGUUUGCUGAAAAACGUCCAGCAGGCUCCUGUGAUGGUUAUCUUCCUCCGAACACAGGAUGGAUGUUUGGUGACCCUCAUAUGACCACACUCGAUGGGUAUGACUAUACAUAUAAUGGUAUUGGGGAAUACAUAUUGGAGGAGGUGAUGUUAGAGGACAAUCAACGAUUUGUUGUACAGUGUCGAAUGCAACCUCCCAUUUUACAAACUGACAGCGUAGCUGGUGCCACCGUCUUCACAUCAUUUGUAGGUGCUGUUGAUAAUGGCACUAAGGUUGAAAUGAGGAUUACGGAAAAUGCGUUGGAUUUAGAUAUACUUGUGAAUGGAACAGUUAUCAAUAAAACAGCACUUGUUGAAGAUUCAUACACGAGUGAUGAGGAUAUAUCGUUUAGUGUUCAACUUGUCGACGGAGAGUUGGCUAGUGGUGGAGCCAGGUAUUUGGCCUCUUGGUCAGAUGGCGUAUCUUUUUCAGUAGCUGUUUCCAGUGGAAUGUUGAAUAUUGUUUUCCAGGCAUCAGUGAUUUACAAGGGCAAGGCUAGAGGACUCCUAGGAGUCUGGAAUGAUAAUGUAACAGAUGAUUUUGUGGAAAGAGGUAAAGUCGAACCACUUACAAAAGCGGGUGAUGUAUACACUGGAGCAGAACUUUUCCAAUUUGGAAAUUCUUGGAGGAUUUCAGAAUCAGAAUCAUUAUUUACAUACAGACCAGGUGAAUCGCACGAUACAAUUAAUAACGAGACGUUUGUCCCAAAGUUCUUGGAAGAUUUAGUAGCAGAGAAUCAAGGUACAGAGUUGUACUCUAAUGCAGUUCAAACAUGUGGGGACAACUCCCAGUGCUUGUUUGAUUCUCUGGCAACAAAAGAUACCAGUACAGGUGCCAAUACGCUUGAAACUAACGAAGUUAUUACAAACGAUGUACAGGAAUUAAUGAAUUUCCCGCCUAAUAUCACAUUAAUUGAAGACGCAGAUGAUGUCAUAAAUGGCAGCUAUUUAUAUGCAAUUGUUGGUGAGAAUUACACAUUUACUGUGGUUGCUACAGACGAAAACGGUGAUGAAAUUACGUUCUCUCUUCUGCAGCCUGUAGUUGGAGCAUCGGUUGAUCCAACAUCUGGGGUGUUUACGUGGACCCCACAAGAUACAACUAUGGUUAGAAUUGGCAUAGUGGCAAGUGAUGGUGUAGCAAAUUCUACCAGAGAAUUUUUGACAUUGUUAUGUGACUGUAAAAAUGGUGGUAUAUGUAAAUUCGGAACAAUGGAUGAUAACUCAGAUAUUUUAGAUGAUGGCUUUGCUAUAGCUCCAUGUACAUGUCACCCAGCAUACACGGGAAUAGAUUGCAGCCAAGAUUUUAAUGCCUGUGCUGAUGCUCCAUGCUACCCAGGCGUUCUUUGUACAGAUAAUGUAGCACCAGAUCCCAAUGCUACAUGUGCUAGUUGCCCAUCUGGCUUAGUUGGAAAUGGAUUCAAGUGUUAUGAUUAUGACGAAUGCAUGGUUGAUAAUGCGGGUUGCGACCAGUUAUGCUCCAAUACUCUGGGAGGCUUUGAGUGUAGUUGUUCUGAAGGAUAUUCACUUCAAAAUGAUUUUAUGUCAUGUAAUGACAUUAACGAAUGUCUUCAGGAAAAUGACUGCAGUGUGAAUGCGUUUUGCAUAAAUGAUAUAGGAACCUACAGCUGUACAUGUAACACAGGGUAUAGUGGUAAUGGAAUAAACUGCCAAGAUAUUGACGAAUGCAUUGACAGUCCUUGUGAUCAAUUAGCAACCUGUGAUAAUGAUGAGGGCUCAUUUACAUGCACGUGUCUGAAUGGAUAUCAAGGCAAUGGCCUAGAAUGUACUGAUAUCAACGAAUGUGAAGGGAACACAUUUACAUGUGACGUCAACGCAGAGUGUCGCAAUACUGCUGGAUCCUAUAAAUGCGCAUGUGCUAGUGGUUAUUCCGGCAAUGGAACUUUCUGCACUAACGUGGACGAGUGUGCAAUGAUGACCCAUCAAUGUAGUAUUAGUGCUACAUGUGAAGACACAAUUGGAAGUUACACUUGUACCUGCGAAGCUGGGUAUAUGGCAACUGGAACAGCUUGUAUUGAUAUUGAUGAAUGCCAGACCGGCGAGCAUGAUUGCUCAGUGAAUGGUUACUGUAUGAACACGAUAGGCUCGUACAUGUGUAGGUGUAAUGAUGGCUAUACCAUGAAUAAUAAUACUUGCGACGACAACAACGAAUGCGAAUUAAGUAGUCCGUGUGAUAGCAUUGGCUCUUGUGAAAACACCGAUGGUUCCUACAUCUGCAGUUGUCCAUCCGGUUACCUACUCAGAGACAGAGUCAAAUGUGAAGAUAUCAACGAGUGUGAUACAAAUAGCACUACGCAUGACUGCGACGCUGUCGCCAUCUGUUCCAACGUGGUAGGGUCAUUUGUAUGUACUUGUGACAUGGGCUACAUUGACACGGGAGCUGGCAAAGAAGGAGAUUGUCAAAAUAUUGAUGAAUGCACUGUAAAUAUUCACAAUUGUGACAUAAAUGCAGAAUGUAAUGACACUGUUGGAUCGUUUGGGUGUCAGUGUAACGACGGGUAUACAGGCACCGGUAUCAAUUGUGCAGACGAAAACGAAUGCGACACCAAUGGCACCUGUCCAGAAGUUAAUACAAUGUGUAUGAAUACAGACGGAAGUUUCUUUUGUAGUUGCUCAGAAGGAUUUAGUAAUAUAUCUGGCAUAUGUACAGAGGCGUUGUCAUUGAAUCUUCCUGUGAUCUUCACCUAUAUUGGAGGCCUAGAGGUCGGACCAAACACCAAACUGACCUUAACUCAGAAAAAUACUCUAGUUAAAGAUAUGUCGGAGUUACUCAAAACAACCAGUUUAUCCGCAGAUUUGCUUGAUGUCAUGUUUAUGGAUUCUACCAAUAUCACAGAAGGAUUAUCGGUUGAAUUCCGCAUAGACUUAAGAAUCGAAUCAGGAACUAAUUAUACUCAGUUAGUAACAAUUUUCGAAUUGGCAACUGCUUUGAAUGAUGGGAGAGUGCCACCAGAUAAUGUUAUCUACGCGCCACCAGAUGUAGAACCACCUGUUUUGACAUGUGUAUCUGCUGUGACAGUCACAACGGAUCCUAGUAAAUCAACAGCUACAGUAGAUAUUACGUCACCUACUGUAUUAGAUAAUUCUGAUGAAGACAUCGUUGCUACAAGCAGCCCGUCAAUUCCAGCAAACCUCGCAAUAGGUGUACAUACAAUAAAUUUUACAGCUAUUGACUCAGCUGGAAAUUCCGGAUUUUGCGACGUUAUGGUAACAGUUAAAGAUGAAGAGGCUCCUUCAUUAGUAUGUGCAGCAGAUUGGACAGUUUACAUUAACUUCGGUGAAGCAUCAACUGCUGUGGUUAUCCCUUUUCCGAGUGUAUCUGAUAACUCAGGUGAAACAGGUGAUGUUACAAGUGAACCAUCAAUCCCAUUAACUCUCGGCAUUGGAACUCAUCCAUUCACUUUUACAACUUCGGACCAGUCUAACAAUACCGGAAAUUGCAGCGUAACUGUAACUAUUGAAGCUGUAAAUAGGAUAGAGAUGAGAUUGACGUUUACUGGGGUGAACGGUCUUUCAGUUUCUUUUGCAAGUGAUUUACUAAAUGAAUUGUCUGACCGUUUCAUACUAUACCAAAGUUACCUGUGCUCAGCUCUAUCCUUAUAUGUCUCUGGUUUAUUGGACUGCCGAGUAAUGCAAUUUAGUAGCGGAAGUAUUGUAGCAGAUCUUGGACUUGGCGUAUCAGAUCCAAAUGUAACUGGUUCUGAAGUUGAAGCCGUACUUAGAAAUGCAGCUGCUGAUGGAUCUCUUGUAACAGCAGAUAAUGUAACCCUCGCGGUAGAUCCAUCGACUAUCUACCAUAUUGGUGGUCCAACAGCGGCAAUGCAAACAACAGAUGUUACAACUGUACCAAUGCAAACAACAGAUGUUACAAAAGCUCCAAUGCGAACAGAUGUCACAACAGUCCCAAUGCAAACAACAGAUGGUACAACAUUCCCAAUGCAAACAACAGAUGUCCCAGAAGAUGGUGGUGAUAAUGAAGCAACUACAGUUUUGGUCGUGGUUAUUGUCGUAGCUUGCGUUUUAAUAUUAUUCCUAAUAAUCAGCAGUAUUGCGUGUGUUGCGUAUCGAAAAAAUCUGACUUACCGGGAUAUGCUUAACAAAAAUCAAUACCAGACGUAUAGUAAUGGAAAGGUUGUACGAAACCCCUUCCAUUCCUUGCCACGCAAAAUGGGUACUGGAUCAGAUUCUAUGACGUCAGAAGAAAGUAUGAUGUACCGCAUAUCUCACACGCUGAGAAAUUCGCAGAUGAUACCAGAGAGGGAGAGUAAUUUCACUCUCGGUACAGACGAAUUUGUGAGACCAUACAUGGCCGAUGGAAGCGAGGAAAUGUCGGUGUAUGGCAACGAUGGAUACCACCAGGAAUAUUAUUGAGAUUACAGUUAGUCAGGAAGAUGAUGUGAUCAGAGGAAGAAUAACAACAUAACGUUCAGACAAUCGUAGACCCGUAUAUAACUUUAGAAUACGUGAUUUGCUCAGCAGUUGAAUAUUAUAUUAUUGAAUCAGUUGAAUUAUAAUAUUUUUUAACUAAUAUUGGAGAUAUUAUUACAUCCAACCUACAGUAUAUUCAUGUGUCAUUCGAAUUCUUUCUUUUUUAUUACAGCACUAUGCUUGUAAGGAAUAUUUUAUGAGAUAAAUAUUGAAAGCAAUGUCAUCAUUUUUAGCGUCUGUGUAUUUGCAUGAGACAAGCUUUGUGGCACAUAAAUUCAUUGAAAACUUUUAAAGCUCAAUAUGUUUCUCUUCUUAAUAUUUUGCACUGUCUUUCUAGAUAUUUGUACGCACUGUACUUUUUAAUAUCAUGACCAAACCAUUAUGAAGGCGCAUUAUGCAAAGUAAAUAUUUUCAUAUUUCUAUUAAAAUUCGAAGCAUUAUUUCAUUAGCAUUUUCAUUUGAAGAAAUUUUAAGCCAAUUUUGUUGUCUUGACACUGAAACUUGGUGUUAGUAUAAAACUAUUAAUUGAGCCAUUUUCAUUCUUUUAAAUUGGUUUUAAAAUAAUCAGUGUGGAUUUGAUGUAAUACGCUCAUCCUGUCAACUUUGGCCUUUAGUCAAAGAUUUAUUUAUUUUCUUGUUCCUGUGAAGAAGUUACGUUCACAUGGGUCUUCAUUCAUAAUUUAUAAAUCCUUAUUCUAUACUAUUUUGCAUUAUAAUAUAGAAAGAUCAUUAUAUAGAAAUAUUUGAUCAUUCAUUGAUGGCAUUACUGUAUGGAAAUAUAUACAUGCUUUGUUGUUUUAAUUUAUUGAUUGAUGAUUUUGUAUCAUAUAUUUGCUUUCAAAAUUACUUAAUAAUUCGAUUUUAGGUGUAUUAAACUAAAUGGUUAAGCAAUUCUUAUCGUCGUUAUGAUUGCUUGCCAUAUCCUCCUUUAAGGGAUCAAUUUUACAUUAAUUGUGUCAAUUGUUUUGAUCGAAACUAUAUUUGUCUCAAAUGUGUCUCUGUAACAGUAUUUUACUUUUAUGUACACACUUUUUAUUCGAUUAUUUAUUUUCAAGACGAUAAAUAUUUUGAAUGGUUGGGAAUGGACUUUAUAUAUACCUCUAAUAACCGCAUAUAUAAAAUAGAUACUUAAUUUCGUAUCAAUGUGAAUAAAUGAUGUCAAAUGCAGUAUUAUAUUACUCUCUGCGUUAUAGAAUAUAUUUGUAAUCUCGUGUUUACUAUUUUUCUAAAAUAAAAAUGAAUUUC